GUCAUACCGUCUUGGUGAGAGAAGAACCUCUUGAGCAGAGCCGCUCGAAGAGCUCAUCUGCAAGAGAACGUUACGCGAGUGUUGCGCGAGUUUGCGUCAGAGCGAAGUUGAGUGAAAGCGGAGAAAAGGAAAACACCGCGGGCAACUAGGAAGUGAUUCGGUAGCCGGCUCCAGCUCCAGCUUGCCAAAGUCAGUCGACGACAGCGCCGAAAAUUCGUCCCACGGACCUUUCCGAGCCCACGAGAAUUCCCACGUUCAGUGAAGUGUGCAAGCGAGGCGCAUUGAGGCUCGAACCGACAGACGAGGAUAUACCCACAGAUAUGACUCGCUGCCAGCCGCAAUCCUACCACGCGCAGACCACGAUGACCGACAGCGGGAAAUCGUCGUGGUGCGAGGAGUCGCGCUGCUACGGGAGCACCGUCACCUGCGGCAUGCUGCCGACCCUUCGAGAGCUGGCUUCCAGAGGGUGCAACAGCCGGGGCAGCGUCUGCCUGGUGCCCUACGACGUCGAGAUGGACGCGGCCAGCCACCUUCAGAUGACCCUGCUCGAGGCUUAUUGCCGGGAGAUCGGGAUCCAGGUGCUGAGCGUGUCCAAGGAGACGAUACAGCUCCACUUGUGCCCGGGAGGCACGGACCUAUCGUGCGUCCUGAUAAGCAACGACGAUUCAUAUUUUCCUAAGCUGCCUAAGUUGCCGAAGUGACACUCAAAGACUGGUCCUUGAGAGCUGAAACUAAAGGACCGGAUUACGUGCGGUCUUACACAAGCCGAAGCCAUUUGCUGAGGUCCCUGCGUCGGAGAGAUUCUCCACGCGAAGGAUCAGGGGGAGUUUCGACUCGGCAAGCAACGUGUCCUGUGUGCCUCGCCAACGAGGCUGCUAAUAAUGGACAGUUUAUAUUGAAAUGUAAAUAUAUGUAAGCGAGAUUUAUUCUAUCCAUCUCGCCAAGUCCGUGAGUUUUUAGCUGCUGCUUGAAAACACUUUCCGUACUCUCCUUCAAUUCUUCUCUUUCUUUUCUCUCCACCGACACACGAGUACUUAUUUCUACUCGAAUGCAGAAAGUGUGAAGCGAAGCAGCUGAUCAGGAGGGCAGAUCUGUUAAUUGCUAGAACAACGAUUGCGAUCAGACGAGUGGUGUUUCUUUCGGAAUCACUCGCUCGGUGGUCGUAGGAUAUGAAAUAUUGAUUAGCGUAUGCGACGUAUAUAUCUAUCAAUUGUAUACACGUUUGUCACAAGACAAACUGAUCUUUGUUAUGUAUGCUUUAUAAACAUCGACAGCUGAUGUCGAAAAACAAUGUAAAUGUAUAACAUCGCCAUUGAUAAUAUUAUAUGAUAUAUGUAUAAGAAGAA